AUGAGUGCUCCAGAGAACGAGAGCCUGAACGAGGCGGCAGCAAUCAAGAACCGGAGGAAGGCUCCAUUGCCGAGGUUUGCACUCAAGCCUUCGAUCUACGAGCAGGCAGAACAGCUUUGGCAGGACACCAUCGAGGCCCUCCUGCUGGCUCAGGCCGCUGCCGAGAAGAUCAAGAAGCAUGAGCCCGAAGCGGCCGCAGCAACUGCACAGGCUGUGCCAGCACAUGCGGAUGCCUGGAGGGAGCGGCAGGGCGCCGCGCAUCAGCAGGGGCCGGUGCCGCCAGAGAUGGCCAAGUACGCGCAGAUGCUGGCCGGCCGCCACUGGCGCCCGCCCCAGGCCUCCGAUGACGCCGCGGCCGCGGCCGGCGGCGCGACCGGCGCAGCCGGGGGCCGAGCGUCUAUAGCGGGCGCCCAGCGCAAUGCGUGGCAGAGGGCGUCCAUGGUGGCUGGCGAGCACCGCGCACUGGGCAUGGCUCGGCAGUCCAUAGCACUAGCCUCCUCCUCCGCCGCUGCAUCUCCCGCAAACGCUCAUGCUGCCGCGCAGCACUCGGAUCACACAGCUCCUGCCGCGAAUGGAGCCCGUCAGCCCUCUUACACAGAGCCGCUCAUCAUCCACAUUGGCGGUGGUCCCAAGGUCAUCCGCAGGGAGCUGCAUGAGCAACAGCUUGCAGCAGCUGCUCUGGAAGAUCGCAGAAGCAGUGUGCAGAGAUAA